AUGUCAGCUCCGGACGCAAUGCCGGCGGCUCCACCCGCCCUCGACACCCCACUCCCCGCGACGUCGAACUCGAGACCAGAGACUUUUGAGCAGGUUUCUGCUUCAUCUCCACGAUUGCCGCACCUCGACAGCCUUGCCGCAGCAGCAUCAGCAGCCUCUGCCUCCUCGCCUUCCAACGACAUGUCGCCUGCUCAUCUUCCCACCGACUCGAGCCGACACUCAACUCCAGCCACCUCAGCUGAUGGCUCAGACCAUACUCAGCCCGUGGCUCGAGUCGCCGAUGCUGGCUCGCUCAAAAUUCCCGUAGACAGUGUCCCAGAAGAUCCCACUUCCGAGCAGACGCCUGGUCCCUCGACACCGCAGCCACCGCAGCCUUCACAGGAACAGCCACAAGCGCAACAAGAAGAGCAUCCCCUCGCCUCAGUCGAACCCGCUUACUUCUAUCCAGCCGACGGCUCCGCAUCCUCUUCACAUGAUGGCAUUCCCGUCUUUGAGCCCACCAUGCAGCAGUUCCAGGACUUCUACGCCUUCUGCCAGGCAGUCGACCGUUGGGGCAUGCAGUACGGCAUUGUCAAGGUGGUCCCCCCGAAAGAGUGGCGAGACUCCUUGCCAGAUCUUCAUCCCACCCGCGACAAGUCCAGCACCGCUUCUUCUUCCACCCACGAAUCCGGCGUCGAACAGGAUGACCGAGCCGACGUCUCCAAGAUUCGCAUCCGCAAUGCUAUCAUGCAACACUUCACCCCCGCUGGCUCCGGCGUCUGGCGUCAGCUCAACACAACUCGCUCCGGCAAGAUCUGGAACGCCAAGCAGUGGUCCGAAAUGUGCGUCUCCGAGGGUCAGAAGGGCCCCGAAAUGGAUCGCAUGAAGUGGAAGGUCGAAGUCGAAGGUGCCUCCAACGGCGGCUGGGGACCUAGGAACAUCGGCACCAAGGACAGCAACAGCUCGGCAAUUCUAGAGGAAGACGGGGUUCGUACAAGGAGUGGCAAGGCUCGUCCUUCCACGAAUGGUGCUGCUGCCGAAGCAAAGACCAACGGCAAACGCAAGCGUACCGAACUAGAUGAUGCACAGGACGCCGUCUCAGCAUCCCAACCUGCACUCGAGGAGGACCCAUCGACUGCACCACCACCAGCUCCCACCUCUCCCUCCUCUCCCGAGCGUCGCUCCCAGCGUAUUGUUCAGAACACCCCUGUCAAGUCGCCGCCUGCCUCUCGCGACCCUUCGCCCGUCAAGCAAAAGAAGAACUGGGAGGCCGACGCUACCACCCACGACGAGUGGUGCGCUUUCGACUACAAGAACUGCUGGCGCAAAGAAGCGCUUUCAAUAGAACAGAUAUCGCAGCUCGAUGAGCAGGCUUCCGCCUCAACGAGCAAGUCGACUGACGCUGCCGCUGCCGCUGUGACGGCGGAGGACAAGGCAUUGACCGCUGCACCUGUCCUUCCCUCUCCUUCCGAGUGGACACCCGAAGUGUGUCGAGAGAUCGAGAGCGAAUACUGGCGCAGUCUCAACUUUGGCAAGCCACCCAUGUACGGCGCUGAUCUCAGUGGCACCCUCUUUGACGGCCGCACCCAGCACUGGAACGUCGGCAAGCUCGACAGCGUCCUCACCCGUCUUCGACUCAAGCGCAAGCUGCCGGGCGUCAACACUCCUUACCUCUACUGGGGCAUGUGGCGAGCCACUUUCGCAUGGCACGUAGAAGACAUGGACCUCUACUCGAUCAACUACAUCCACUUUGGCGCACCCAAGCAGUGGUAUGCCAUCCGCCAAGCAGAUCGACAGCGCUUCGAGUCCGCCAUGGCAGGCGCCUUUCCUUCUGAUGCGCGACGCUGCCCCCACUUUAUGCGACACAAAUCAUAUCUCGCCUCACCCUCCUUCCUCGCCUCGCAUGGCAUUCGUCCCCUAAAGCUCGUCCAUAACGCAGGCGAAUUCGUCAUCACCUACCCCUUCGGCUACCAUUCUGGAUUCAAUCUUGGCUACAAUUGUGCCGAGAGUGUCAACUUUGCGCUCGAGUCGUGGCUCGACAUCGGUCGCAAGGCCAACUACUGCCACUGCGACAUGUCGCAGAACAGCGUUCGUAUUGACGUCGAUGCACUGCUCGAGGAGAGCAAAGAGAUGGAGGAGCUUGAACGCAAGCGCGAGCUGCGACGUGCUAAGGAGGACGCCGUCCAUGCCAUCGAGGAAGAGGAGAUCGAAAAGCGCAGAAUCCGAAACGAAAAGGCAAAGGAGCGCAGACGACUCAAGAAGGAGGCCGACGAAGCCGCAGCUGCUGCCAAUCCCGCCAUCCCACACCUCUUCCAAGGCGGUGACGGCUUCUACGUCGAUGCAAAGGAGGUGUCAGCAAGUCCAUGCGUCUUUUGUCCCGCCAAUGUCCACACCGAUCUGGUGGCCACUCCCGCUGAGGUCGACUCUACCAACUCCAAACUCAAGGCCAUGUCGGGUCGUCACGCUCAUCGACUCUGCGCAAGCUUUGUGCCCGAGACUUGGGUCGGCAGGCAAGGCAAAGCUGAGGUCGUCUGCGGUAUCGAGGGCAUCGACAAAGCCCGCUUCUCGCUCAAGUGCCAGAUCUGCCCCAGUCCAACUCUGCAGAAGCUGUAUCCCAAGAUCCAAUGCACGCGCGGCAAAUGUCCUCGUUCGGCGCACGUCAGCUGUGCUCUCGUCGAGGAGCACGGUUGGUUCGUCGACGUAUGCCCCGGAGAGACGGCGGAUCGUCUCGAAGGCAAGAAGACGCCGACGGGCGCUCAGCAAACCGACGGGCUCGAGGACGGCGAGCGUCUCGUGGUGCUCUGCAAGACCCACAACCCACUCUUCCGUGAGGCAGAGGAAGCGCGCAAGGCCGAGGAGUUGCGCGAGCGCGUCUACGCUCUGCCCAUUCCAUCCAUGGUCAGGAUCAGGACCUCGGGAGGCAUGUUCCAAGCGCUCAUGGUCGAGAUCCGCGAGGACGAAGACGAGAUCGUGAUUGAGGACGAGGGACGUCCCAGCACGGUCAAGUUCCAGCAGAUCAUAUUCGAGUCUCCGGGCGCCGACGAAGUCAAGGAAGAGCCUCAAGCUGUAGCUCUGCCGGCGGCUGUUGGAUCUGCCGCAGCUGCGACGACAGAAGACGGCUCUUCGCAGCCGAACAAGCGCAGGAGAAAAGCAAGUGAAAAGGCGAGCGCAAAUGCAAAGGCUGCGAUCGAGGAGGCAGAAGAAGCCAGCCUCGCCGCUGCGGAAGCGGCGGCUGCGCCUGCACCAGCUCCCAAGAGAAUUCGCAAGAGUCGGGCGGAAGCAGCAGCAGCGCCCGCUGCUGCCGAGGUGGAGGCGACUGUGCCCGUCCUGGCAGCGGUGCCAGAGAAGCCAGAGCCGAAACCCAAACGCCAGCGACAGACCAAGAAGAAGGCGGCGCAAGAGGCAGUUGUUGAGCCGGUCGCCGCGCCCAUGGACCUGCCUCCGGCGACAUUGUCAUGGCCGGCCCACGCCAUGCACCAGCCAGCUCCCGCGCAAGUCCAGACGGCACAUCCUCAGCAGUCGAAGCGUGGUCCUCGCGCUACCUACGCAGCUCAGGCGCCCAACACCCAGCAGCCUCCGCAGUAUGUCGAGCAACACCCGCAGUACCAGCACCAGCAGUACGCCCAGCAGCAGCAGUAUUCCGGUCCGCCCGAAUACCAACCGAUGCAUCGCGGUCAGGCAUUCGCCAUGAACGGCGAAGCUGGACACUACGCAGCUCGUCUUGCUGGUCAACCGUCUGGCUACGCUCGCAACGAGUACCCCGUCGGCGGUGCUUCUCCGAGCUAUACUCAUCAACAGCCGCAGCAGCAGCAGCGGGGUGGGCACGCCGCGCAAGCCUAUGGCGCACCUUCAUCCUUCGCGCCCUUCCAGCAGGGCGGCUAUCUGGCGCAUCCCCAACACGCCAUUGCUAGCGGCGACGGGGGUAGACACGCGACAGUAGCAUCGUCCAUGUCAUCCGCUGCUUCGCCGGGGAUGACGUCUGCCUCGCAGUACGGCUACCUCUCGGCUCCUCCGCCCGGAUAUCAGAACCGCACCCCGCCGCUGCCAACAUAUGCCAAGCCGAUGGCGCACCAGCCUCACGCCGCCUCCGGAGGCGGGUAUCCGGACUACCGACCGCCGUACAACCACGCCGCUCCAGCCGGUUUGCAUCCCGCCUACCAGCAGCAACAGCAGCAGCAGCAGCAGUAUGGCGGAUAUGCAUACCACUAUGCGCCCCAGCAGACGCAGCAACCGGCGCAGCACGAGCAGUAUCGUCAGCACCCUGCGAUGAAUGGGAACGGCUCGUAUGGUCUUCAUGCUCAGCAGCAGUAUCACCACCAGCACCAGCACCAGGGUCAGCCGCAGCAGUAG